CUGCUGAAGCGGAAUCUCUCGGGUGUUUUGAUGAAGUGUCAUGGAGGCUGUUAGCCACCAGCACUGCUGACGGUUUUGUUACCGUCUAAAUCCUGCUUUUAAUCACUCAGUCUCACUGUCAGCGCCUCUAGUGUAAAGGUUGACAGCCCGUAGAACCAUGGAGUCCAUGCUCAAUAAACUAAAGAGCACCGUCACCAAGGUGACAGCUGAUGUGACCAGUGCUGUCAUGGGCAACCCUGUCACGCGGGAGUUCGAGGUGGGCCGACAUAUCGCCAGCGGGGGUCCAGGAAUGAGCUGGAGGAUCUACAACGGCACCAAAAAAUCCACCAAACAGGAAGUGGCAGUCUUUGUGUUCGAUAAGAAGAUCAUUGAUCGCUAUCAGAAGUUUGAGAAGGAUCAGAUCAUUGAUUCACUGAAGAAAGGAGUUCAACAACUGACGCGAUUACGACAUCCGCGCCUCCUCACGGUUCAGCACCCACUGGAGGAGUCCAGAGACUGUCUGGCGUUCUGCACAGAGCCUGUGUUUGCCAGUCUAGCGAAUGUGCUCGGCCAGUGGGACAACCUCCCUAGUCCUGUUCCCACAGACAUCAAAGAAUACAAACUCUACGACGUUGAGACCAAAUAUGGCUUACUGCAGGUCUCAGAGGGUUUGUCGUUCCUCCACAGUGGGGUUAAAAUGGUUCAUGGUAACUUGUGUGCAGAGAACAUCAUCUUGAAUAAGAGCGGAGCCUGGAAGAUCAUGGGUUUUGACUUCAGUAUCUCCUCUAGUAACCCAUCUGACGCUGAGCCCAAGUAUGUUUGCAAAGAGUGGGACCCCAAUCUGCCGCCUCUCUGCCUCGCGAACCCUGAAUAUGUGGCUCCUGAGUACAUCCUGUCCGUCAGCUGUGACGCAGCCUCUGAUAUGUACUCACUGGGCGUAUUGAUCCACGCCGUGUUUAAUGAAGGCAAGCCUGUCUUUCAGGUCAACAAGCAGGACAUAUUCAAGAGCUUCAGCCGACAACUGGACCAGCUGAGCCAUCUGAGUCCAGGAUUAUUGAGUCAGAUCCCAGAGGAGGUCAGGGAACAUGUGAAGAUGUUGCUCAGCCUCACCUCAAACGUGCGUCCAGAUGCAGAUCAGAUGACAAAGAUUCCCUUCUUCGAUGAUGUUGGAGCGAUGACCCUUCAGUACUUUGACUCGCUUUUCCAACGGGACAACUUACAGAAGUCUCAGUUCUACAAAAGUCUCCCCAAAGUUCUGCCCAAGUUGCCCAAGAGAGUGGUAGUAUACAGAAUCCUCCCGGCGCUCACGUCUGAGUUUGUGAAUCCUGACAUGGUUCCGUUCAUUCUUCCAAAUGUGCUGCUCAUCGCUGAGGAGUGCACAAAGGAGGAAUACGUCCGCCUCGUUCUCCCAGACCUCACCCCAGUUUUCAAACAGCAGGAGCCAGUACAGGCUAGCAACAUGAUUUUGCUGAUAUUUCUACAAAAGAUGGACCUUCUUUUGACCAAAACGCCUCCUGAAGACAUCAAGAACAGCGUUCUGCCCAUGGUGUACAGAGCGGUGGAAGCCCCCUCUAUUCAAAUACAGGAACUUUGUCUAAAUAUCAUUCCCACGUUUGCCAAUCUAAUUGAGUACCCAUCCAUGAAGAAUGCACUUAUUCCUCGUAUCAAAUCUGCUUGUUUACAGACAUCCUCACUAGCGGUGAGGGUGAACUCUUUGGUGUGCCUAGGCAAGAUUCUGGAAUACCUGGAUAAAUGGUUCGUCAUUGAUGAAAUUCUACCAUUCCUGCAACAAAUUCCAUCCAGGGAACCAGCUGUGCUCAUGGGCAUUCUGGGCAUCUACAAGUGCACUUUCACCCAUAAGAAACUGGGCAUCCCAAAAGAGCACCUGGCUGGAAAGAGUUUACCUCAUCUGGUCUCACUUAGUAUUGAUAACAACCUUAACCUUAGCCAGUUUACCUCUUUCAUGGCUGUGAUCAGGGAAAUGAUGAAUCGCAUGGAGGCGGAGCAUAAGACCAAAUUAGAGCAGUUGCACAUCAUGCAGGAGCAGCAAAGGAGUUUAAACAUAAACCAGAUGAACCAAUCAGAGGAGACUAAGAACACACCCAGCCCAGCCACACAAGUCAGAGAUAUCGAUGAGAUCUUUGGUGGCAGUUCAGGAAGUGCAGGUGUGAAUGGUAAAGAGAACGGUUCCUCAUCAACCAUUUCACAACCCUCACGAGUGUCUCUCACCCUGGAAGAAAAGCAGCGUUUGGCUAAAGAACAGGAACAGGCUGCCAAACUAAGAAGCCAGCAGCCGCUGGCUCCACAGAGUGUCAAACCAGCCACAAUGACACCUCAGGCAAAGGAUCUGACCAGCAGUCUUCUGAACAACAUGACAUCUCUGAAAAACCUCUCUUUGAACUCUGGGACCAGGACGAUGCCCAUGCAGGGCGGCACUAUAUCCUCUACCUUGCCAGCUGGACCCACCAUGGGUGGAAUGGGCACCAUGGGCGUCAGCAAUGGUUUCAACUCACCCAUGGGAUUCCAGACGGGAGGUAUGGGAAUGUGCAUGAGACCCGCUGCUCCAGGCCUCUACGGAGGCAUGGCCACCACUACCAGCACUCCAAAUUUCAGUGCCCUCACCCAGAACCAAAACCAACCCAGCAAGCCCAAUGACAUGUCCGCCCUAGACUCCCUCUUCACUUCUAGCAAACCCAAAGUCAGCAUGAACCAAAUGGCCCCUAAACCGGCCCCAGUAGCCACUGCACCUUCCCCGUGGCUCAAUCAGUUUGGUACAGGCCAGACUGCACCCAUGCAGGCGACUCCAAUGGGGAUGACGGGAGUUCAGGGUGGCUUUGGAAUGCAAGCAAACCCGUUCUUCAAUCCUCAGAACUUCUCGCAACCUGUGGCCUCUUCAACAAUCAACGCUGGGGUGAUGAAGCAAAGCGCUUCAGUCAACAACGAUCUUAAGGACCUCUUCGGAUAAAACAUUUGCCUUUCGUUCGCGUUCCCCCUUGUGUGGGAAUUCAAAUGAAACAACAUCAGCAGUGACGAUGACAGUCAAAAUUUGGUUGGAUGGUUGGACACGGCGUCCUUGAAAGACAGUGUUUAAAAGUUAUUCUGGUUUGGUUUGUCUUUUUUUUUUUUUUUUUUGCCCUUUCAAUGGUGCACUUAUCUUUUUGAGUGAAUCGACGGCACCAAACAAACAUCAUGUUUCACAGAAAGCUUGGGCUCUUUCACCGAAAGCUGCUUCAGUUGGUGGAUGCCUUGCAUUCGUUGUAUCGUUGGACUUGGCAUGUGCCCCAGAAGAUACAAAAGGAGUAACAAACUCAAGCACUUUUGGUUUCAAUUCCUUUUUGCUUGAGCCUCAUGUUCCCCUCUCGCCUGAAUGAGCCGACUUCGUCUACCAGAGCAAACGGCAUCGAUGGCCUCAGGAUUUGCUGUUUUGCUGAUGGUGUCUGGCAAAAGGAAGUCUCUAUCAUGCGAUAAGUAAAGGAAGAGGUGGUGUAGUCCAUAGUUUGGGCCGGAAUGAGUGUUUUUAUAAUUGUGUAUAUACUGUAUCUGGUGAUUAUUGUUUGAGUUUCAUACUGAUACAUGAUCCACUGAGGUAAAAUAUCUUAAAGGAAGGACACUGUCUUCAUACUGUAGGUGCACUAAAUGUAAUGGAGCUAAAAAUUAUAUUAAAACGUAGGUUUUGA